CAGCGGAGCCUCAGCAUGACAUCACCGCAGGACAAAGCAGCAAGGAGUGGUUUCUUUCAAGCCCCCAAAUCAAUGAAACAAUCCAAACAGUCCCAGAAAAAAAAAGUCGCAGUAAUUGAAUCUACCGUCAUAUCAAAGUGCGUGGGCUGCGUUUAUAGCGGUGCUUUGUUGGGAGAGGAAUGAACUACCGUGGAAAAUAACAUCGUCAGGACAGAGAGCUGAGCAACCACCACUGGACGGUCGUGCUGUGUCUGAAGACGUGGACCUGCUGUUUGAACCCAUCCUGAAACAUCAUGCUAGCCCUCCUGCUGCCUGCGAUGCUGGCCGUCCACGCAAUGGCUAAGCUGGAAUUGCAAGUCCCGGACCAACCAGUGGUGGCAUUGCAUGGCAAUGAUGUCACCCUCAACUGCUCUUUCAACCAAACAGGUUCCUUCAAUUUAUCUGAUGUGAGCGUAUUCUGGCAGUUGACCGACACCAAACGCAGCGUCCAUGGGUUUUCGAUGGAACGGGACCAGGUGAUAGAACAGGCAGAGGGCUACACCAACCGUACAAGUUUGUUCCCUGCCGAGCUGACCAUGGGCAAUGCUUCCCUCCUACUGCAAAGGGUGGUGGUUGCUGAUGAAGGCAGCUAUACCUGCUUUGUCAGAGUGCAGGAGUACAACAGUGCCGCUUUGCUGCUGCUGGUGGCGGCUCCUUACUCCAAGCCUGAGGUUACGUUGGAGCCUGAAUCCAACCUGCGGCCUGGGGACGAGUUGGCCCUGACCUGUGUGGCAUAUGGUGGGUAUCCUAAGGCCAAUGUCAUAUGGCAGGAUGGGAGCGGACGUAACCUAACAGACAAUAUCACAACUUCAGUGGUGGCCAAUGAGCAAGGGUUGUUCACCAUGACCAGUGUGCUAACUGUCGUGCUGGAGCCCAACAGCUCCUUCAACUGCAGACUGAUCAACCCCCUGCUUAGCGAGGAACGCUCAAUCUAUGUCACAGUCACAGGUCAAAACAUUGCAUUCCCUCCAGUGGCUCUCUGGGUUACUGUAGGCCUGGCUGUGUGUCUGCUGGGUCUGCUCAUCGCUCUGGCUGCAGUCUGCCGCAGGAAGAUCAAGGAAAGCUGUGAGGAGGCCAGGAGAGAAGCUGAAGAGGCCAAGGAGCUGGAAGAAGAGGAAUCAAAGACAGCUAUGACACCACUAAAGAGCUAAGACCAACAAAAUAAAGGAGUAGAGGCCAGACAGUCAGGGUGGGGAAGGAGGAGAUGAGUCUGGCGGGUAAUCCCAGUCCACCGAUCCAUCAACCUGGAGACUCUUUCCUGUAUCCCCUGCAGAAUGUCAAAACCUUGCUGAGCAGAAGAUGAGUCCAUCAUCUCCUUUCGAAGACUUUCCCUCGAGUUUCCAUCCAAACACAUAAACACAUCAUGUGCCAUUAGUUUCUAUUGCCUUCCUUUCAUUCUCUUGACGGAGAUGCGCGACAGUGAGUAAAUGCAGUUGAGUGAGUUGUGUUGUCUGCGGUACGUAGAGCGGUGGGCGCCUUUGAAAACUACAGGAUGUGACAGGAUCCUUUGUCUGUCACUGACAUCACUCUGCAUGCGUUGUGAUGGGGCGUGUGCCAGAGAUGUGCUGUCUAAUAGGAAGUGAGACACUUAAAGAGAUGACCCUACUUCAGUUGCCUGAGAGAGAGCCUGGCUCUCCUAUUACUCCAGGACUUGCUAAUUAGCGUCUGUCGCAGGAGUAACUUGUACCUGUCAGUGUGCGCCGCUCUCCUAUAUUCAGUAAGUCGAGGCAAUUGAAAGUGAAUGCCAGCGAAGCUCCAACAAACUGCAUAUGGCGCGUGUGAAAUACUUUGAUCCCUCUCCCUGACCUGACAGCUUUACAUGUAAGAAAUUGUUUUUAAUGAAGAAAGACAAUCUCAGCUAGUUUCUACAGCUGAUGUUGAAUGUUUUAUCUCUUCCAUGCUGCGGGGGUGUACACUUUGUUUUAUUGCAUCUUUUUAAAUUACUUAAGCAAGUCCAACUGCCAUAUGCCUAUGUAGGAAUAACAAAGCCAUUUGUUUGAGAAAACCCAGUGCCUAUUUACAUUAAAGAGACAUGGUGAAACUGUC